AUGAACCCUGAGCGCUAUUCAUCACAUCAAAGGUCAACCCAGUUACCACUACAGCGGCAACAACAGCAACAACAGCAACAACAGCAGCAUCAUCAUCAUCUGUACCAGCAUAUACCACAACUGCAAGGACUAUCUCAUGACUUUUCAGUAUCGGAUGAGGAACAGCAAAUACAUCACCAACCACAACCUCAAAACCACCCAUUUCAGCAAGCGACAACAUUUUCAGCAUCACAAGGCCAGCCUGAGUAUACCCAAGAGCAAGUUGCUGAACAACAAUAUGCACAACCAAUCAACACCGCGUAUGCACAAUCUCAAAUAACACCUUCAUCACAACAACAACAACACUAUUACAAUGUGCCUGCACAUCCUGCAUACCUCACACAAGAAAGCGUUAAUUUGAGCUUACCCCAGUCACAACAACAUCCUAAUUAUAGAGCUACUGGUCAGUUCAGUAACAUUGCAUAUACCAAGCAACCUAUGGAUCACACUAAUCACGCAGUUACAAUGGGCCAGACUUAUCCACAACAAAAACAAUACCAACAGCAGGUGCAGCAAGGUGUGCAGCCACAACUGUCUAUGCAACUGGUGCCGGGCGUCGAAUUUCAAUCACAAUACGAACCUAUUCCGAGUCUGUCAUCGACAAUUAUGGCAUCAGGCGAGUCGUAUCAGCAGAGCCAAUAUAGUCAACCGACUACUACUUCAUCUCCUUAUGUGCUACAGCCACAAGGUAAAAUACAACCACAGCAUGAUACAAUAAAAGAGGAGAUGCCCAAAGCCCCGCCUUCAUCGCACGUUAGAAGACACAAAAGAAAUAGUUCAUCCAUCUCCUCUGUUCUAUAUUCAGCCGCAUAUGAAGAAGAUUUGAAAAAUCUUGCACUUACAAAAGUCAAUAUACCGUUGCCUGAAUUAGCCAGAAGGAUUAAACAGCUGGAGUUCGACAACUCAAGCUUACCGCCAAGUUCACGGUCAUCAACCUCACAAGACACUUCUUCAGUUCCACAAAUAGCUGCUCAUUCUGCUUCAGGUAUCGAAAGGGCCCAAAACUCAAAAGAGACGCAACGACUGGUGUUUGGGAUGGUAUGGCUUCUAACGUCAUGCGAGGUUUCACCAACAGCAGUCAUACCCCGCAACCGAAUAUACGCUAGAUAUGUCCAGGUUUGCGCUGACAAUAGUCUAGCUCCUUUAUCGCCUGCUAGUUUUGGAAAAUUGGUAAGGAUCUUAUUCCCGACAAUAACAACAAGAAGGUUGGGAAUGCGAGGACAGCUGAAGUAUCAUUACUGUGGAAUUCGAUUAAAGGGCGAGCAAAGUAUGCAGCUGCAAUUAAUGCAACAACAACAGAAACAGAGGUCUCACCAGAGACAGCAAUCAUUUGCAUCGGAAUUUACCUCACAAUCACAAUGGCAACAACACUUGCAAUCGCCUGCUCGCCUUGGCGCCAGUGCAGGUUCUGUUGCACAGUCGCCACACUCAACUCACUCGUCAGUGUCUUAUGAAGAAUCUCCACUAUCGACAUUUGGUGCUAAUACUCCUUCAUAUAGCCCUAUCAAUUCUCCAUCGAUACUUAUGUCAACUUCUAGUUCCGAUCAGCUACCUCUGGUAUCACAUAUGAAGUACAUACCUGACUUAUUCAAGCUUUUGGCGAUGGAAUCGGUAGCGGCCAAGUCUUACCCAUACACUCCCAUUGAACUUCCACCUAUAUAUCCGCACUUGCCCAAGGACACUGAUCGUGAUAUUGCUGAUACAUUGUAUUCACUAUACAAAGUUCACGUGACUACAGUGUUUGAAUCACUCCGAUUUAUGCAACUCAAACGAUUGUUUUCAAGCUUCAACAAUUUCAAUAGCAUAUUGUCGACCCCAGUUUCUAAGUUAUAUACAUCAGACUCCACUUUGGAAUGGGUGCGUCAAUGUGAUUUGAUCAUGUAUAAGAAAAUGAUUCGAAUGUUGAGCAAGUUGCAUAUGCAGUACAUGAUGCCUCAGGAUAAUAUCAAUCAGCUUAAGACCAUUGCCUCGAAUUAUAUUCGAACUUUGGGCAAUUCCAUUAUCAAUUCACGCAAUUCGAAAAACUUUGUUGCAUUGAAGUUGAAGAUGGCUAAGCAUUUUGUCAAUUUACUUAAUCGAUUGAUUAAAAUCAUUGAGACGGGAUCCACUGCAUCGAGGAUAAUGAAUGAUGAUAAUGAAAAACAAGCAAUGUUGAAUGAUUGGCAAAAAUUGAAUUUGGCUGAAUUGGUAUCACGAGAUGUUCCGUGUACUGAUGAAACAAAUUUGAAUACAUUGAGUUUUAUCUUGACCGAGGAAGUUGUAAAAGUGGUUGAAGCGCCAUCGGUCGAAGGCUCUUCUUCUUCCAUGCAAACGUAUGCCGACUAUAUUGGUGACUUGCCGUCACGCUUUCCAGGAGUCAACUCUCGAAUGUUUUUACUACUAUCUUCAAACUUGUUAACGUCUAUCUUGCGAGAGAUAAGUUUAAACGGUGGUGAAGGGUUUGGAGCGUGGUGGAUAGUGAGGUGCUGGGUGGAUGAAUACUUGGCGUGGAUUAUGGAAUUGGGAGGGUUUUUCCAAGAAGAGUUAACUGCAUAUACAAAAGAACAACAGGGGAGGAUACAACAAGCUGAUAAAGAUGUUGAGAUACAAAAGGAGCAAGAGGUUUAUCAAGGUCAGUCAGGGGGUGAUAGUGGUGGUGCUCAGGAUCAAGAACAAGAAGAAUACAACUUGAGCACAGAAACUUCAAUCGAUUUAUUGGGUUGA